UGAUUGGUGCAUCACAUCGACAGUUCGUGAAAUUUUUCAGAAGCGGUCAAAUCAAGACAUUUUUAGAUUUGAAUUGAGUCCAGCCACACCAUGUCUGAUAACGUUCAUUCUUCAAGUAACGAAGACGAUGCCAUCGUGAUGAUGCAUGAUAUAGGAGGAAUCUUCAAUGAUACUAUGUUAUCUCGAAGAUUUACAAGUUGGGAUAAUUUUGAGACCUUUUUGAAGGAAGUACAUAAGUAUUCGCAUACUAAUUAUGUUAUGUCAGUAUGCAAAAAGAACAGUGAUGAUCCAACUUCAAAGUACUUUUUCGUGAGAUAUGUCUGUACAUAUGGACGUAAACGCAGUUCGUCAGAGUCAGAUGCUUGCGUUCAAGAUGUAGAUGAUGAUAGUAAUAAUCAUCAUAUAUUUACUCGGAAGUACGAACAUCUAAGGACGCAUUUCCCACGGGCGUAUAAUUACAUAAAAGAUUAUUGGAUUGCCCGGAGGUCAAUGUGGGCUCGCUGUUACCGGCGACAUGUAUUAAGCCUGGGCAACCACACAAACAACCGUGUGGAAAGUGCUCAUAAACACCUAAAAGAAUGUCUCAGAAGAGGUGAUUCUUUGUUAUUGACGUUUUGGAAAAUUUGGAUCAAAACAGACAUUACCAUUCGUUUGCGCUCAUAUGACGCUGUAAAGGACCUUCUAAGUUUUCCAAUUCUUCAGGUUCCAAUGUCAUUUCGAACUCUUCUAAAUGAGUUCACAUCUUUUGCAGCUAAAAUUGUAGCUGUAAAUUAUAAACGCGUUCGGACAAUGAGACACGAAUUUAUAGAAGGAGAAUAAAUCCGGUGCUACGACAAGGGCAUGAUGUAUGUUGUUGAUACUUCACGUGCACGAUGUGCAUGUGAGCGUCUUAAUGACUACAUGCUGCCCUGUGGUCAUAUUUUGUAUGCACAUUCUAAAGAUCUGAUUCGUGAAGGUAUGUGUGUUCCUUUUGUAGACUUAUUUCGACAUAAAAACCGGUGGACUAGGAAAUAUAUAAUGGACCUGGUUCUUCAUGCGCUGGACAACAUCUCAAUCUCUACAGGGAGUGAUGAUCUGCUAGAGAAGUCCACUAGCAACUACCACUCAAUCCAUGCUCUUAGUGAACCUUUGGCAAGUAAACUCAUCCGUUCAUGCCUCGAAGCAUCGGAAGACAUAUGCGCACAAUUGAUGAGUUCAGUCGGUGCUAAUGAUGAAGCUACAACGUCAGAAUCCAUUGUUAAUACAGACCAUAGCUAUGCUUCUUGAUAACAAGAAGUUCUAAUAUUGUAAUCUUUUUAGUUUUAAAUAAAUUCAUUUAUAUGGC